AUGAUGGGUUCAGGGACAAAUUUCGUUGCUACUGUUAUUGGAUUUGCAAUGAGUGUUACUUUCAUCAUUUUUAUUUGUACGAGAAUCAUCUGUUGGAGAUUGCGAGGUGGAGAUUCGAGGCCAAUGUUUGAGAUCGAGUCCAGGAUUGAUAUCGAGCAAGAACUGCAGCCACCUUAUCAUCAUCGAAUGAAUGGCCUAGAACCAGUAGUUGUUGCUGCUAUUCCAACCAUGAAGUUCACCCCUGAGGCUUUCAGUUCUGCAGAAGAGGCACAGUGCUCGAUAUGCUUAGGGGAAUACCAAGAGAAGGAAGUGCUGAGGAUCAUGCCAAAAUGUGGACACAACUUCCAUCUCUCUUGCAUCGAUGUAUGGCUGAGGAAGCAAUCGACAUGCCCCGUUUGCAGAUUCCCAGUACAACAGGACGACUCUUUUGAACCCAAACAAGAUGCAUCUUUCACUUCCAACUUAUCUAUGGAUCUUUCAGAGGAGCAUUCUAGGCAAUGGCUGCUUCCUGUUGCUGAUCCCUCACUGACAAACAAUGUUAGCAGCAGCAGCAGCAGCAGCCGAGGGAACUCGAUUGCUGUUCAUGGUGUCAACCGAGAACUUACAGCUGUAGAGUCGCACACACGGCAGCAGACAUGA